GUUCUGAGUUGGGGGACAAGAUGUCGGGCCCAGCAAACGUCUCCGCUAUGAAGAAAGUGGUUCACCAGUUGCGACUGGAAGCCAGUCUCAAUCGCGUAAAGGUUUCUCAGGCUGCAGCGGAUUUGAAGCAAUUCUGCUUACAAAAUGCUCAGCAUGAUCCACUUCUAACUGGAGUCUCGUCAAGUACAAAUCCAUUCCGACCCCAAAAAGUCUGCUCAUUCUUGUAAAUGCCUUCCUUAUUUUUUUUGUUUCUUGAUCAUUUACUUUCAUUACUGGAGUCUGCUGGAUUACAUCAAAAGGAGUGGACUGGUUUGAGCCUAUGCAAAGCUUAGCCUUGUGAUGUGCCAAGUUUUUUUUACUGUAAACUCACAUCUUCAAACCUUUUAACAUCUACCUCUCCAUUGUGAGAUGUCGGCAGCGAUGUGCAUUUCUGUUAAUAUUCUAAGACCAUUCUUUUUAUACACUGGUAACUAACAAUAAAUGUAUAUCAUUUUA